CCGUUGUUUUGGCUCCUUGUCGCCUCUCCCACCUCCCACUCUUGGUUCUCUUAAUUAUCCUAGCCACUUUUUGACCUCCUACCAUCAGAAAGUGACCCGUUCUCUCCCUUCCAAAAAUGUCAUUCGGGUGGUAAUGGUGAUAGUCGCCUCAGUGUGCAGUGUCCGGGGGAGGGAUCUCGCGAUUGUUGGGAGAGGAAGGGGGGCGUUAUUUGGAAAAUGGCGCCCGUUGUUACCGGGAAGUUUGGAGAGCGAUGUCAGCCUCAGCGUUUAACAAGGGAAGCAAUGAGGACAUAUUUGAAGGAGAAAGAUGAUCAAACAGUCCUCAUACUCCAUGCAAAAGUUGCACAGAAGUCCUAUGGCAACGAGAAAAGGUUUUUCUGCCCUCCACCAUGUGUCUAUCUGCUGGGCAGUGGGUGGCAGAAGAAGAUGGAGAGGAUGGAGAAGGAGGGCUGCACGGAGCAGGAAUCCCAGACCUGCGCUUUCAUUGGGAUUGGCAACAGUGAGCAGGAGAUGCAACAACUCAAUCUGGAGGGAAAGCAUUUCUGCGCAGCUAAGACGCUGUACAUCAGUGACACAGACAAAAGGAAACACUUCAUGCUGUCUGUGAAGAUGCUGUAUGGAAACAGCGCCAACAUCGGAGUCUUCCUCAGCAAAAGAAUCAAAGUUAUCUCCAAGCCUUCCAAGAAAAAGCAGUCUUUGAAAAAUGCAGACUUGUGCAUUGCAUCAGGAACAAAGAUAGCUUUAUUUAACCGCCUGCGAUCGCAAACAGUCAGCACCAGGUAUCUCCAUGUGGAGGGGGGAAACUUUCACGCCAGCUCCCUGCAGUGGGGCGCCUUCUAUAUCCACCUCUUGGAUGAUGAUGAGUCAGAAGGGGAGGAGUUUGCUGUGCGAGACGGCUACAUUCACUACGGCCAGACCGUCAAACUGGUGUGCUCUGUAACUGGCAUGGCACUGCCGAGACUGACCAUACGCAAGGUAGACAAGCAGACAGCAUUGAUGGACGCAGACGACCCUGUGUCACAGCUCCAUAAGUGUGCUUUCUACCUGAAAGACACAGAACGGAUGUACCUUUGUCUCUCACAAGAUAGAAUAAUUCAGUACCAGGCUGCACCGUGCAUCAAAGAAGCAAAUAAAGAAAUCAUAAAUGACGGAGCCUGUUGGACCAUUAUCAGCACUGACAAGGCAGAGUAUACGUUCUAUGAAGGUAUGGGCCCUGUGACCACCCCCGUCACUCCUGUUCCUGUGGUGGAGAGUCUGCAGUUAAAUGGUGGAGGAGAUGUGGCCAUGUUAGAGAUAACAGGUCACAACUUCACCCCCAACUUGAGAGUGUGGUUUGGAGAUGUGGAGGCUGACACCAUGUACAGAUGCGGAGAGAGCAUCCUGUGCGUGGUACCAGACAUUUCUGCCUUCAGGGAGGGCUGGCGCUGGGUUAGACAGCCCGUACAAGUUCCUGUUACGCUGGUCCGUAAUGAUGGAAUCAUUUACGCCACCUCCCUCACCUUCACAUACACAUCGGAACCAGGGCCGCGUCCCCACUGCAGUGUCGCGGAGGCCAUUCUGAGGACACACAGCACCGCCUCACCAUCCCAGACUUCAUCUUCACCUUCUUCUUCUUCAUUCGCUGGACUCACCAACGGCCAGGUUUCUUACACCAGCAGUGACUCAAGUGUGUCAGUGUUGUCAUAGUAAUACAUAAAAUGAAGGAGGCUUGUUUCCAAGGAGGACCUUUUGACAACACUUGAUUGGAGAACAACUGUGGGGGUGGAUGGGGAAAAUAAAUGACUGUUUAGCUCCAUCUAGUGGACUAUGGUGACCCUGCCACACAAAUCCUCACUCCAGAAUGUGCCUUUCAGUUGCACCGUUUCAUGACAUUUGUAUUGCAGUAUACAGUAUACAGCUUUUAUACCACUAAGCUCAUCUUCUUUUUUUAACUAACAAAAUAUGUGAAUUUACAGCAACAGUUUUUUGUAUGAAUCGAGAUACUGCUACACUUUUUUGCUAUUACAUUUUAAAAGCUUGUUGAGGUACGUUUUGACUAUCGCUUGCCAUAUCAUUUUGCAUAGUAUGAUCACUUUUGUUACCUAGUUGAAAGUUAUCUGGUUAUGUUGUUUGAGUCAAGAAGGGCAAAAUAUUAUACACACCUCUCAGUAUAAUCCCUGCAAACUCCAGCCACAAUAUUAAACAUUACAUCUUGUUUAAUGAAUCAAUCAAAACUGAGCACUGUAAUCUUUGUAAAGGAAUUAUUUGUGAUCUUAGAUCUCAAUGUAGGCGUUCCUAAUCAUGUGCCCUGCAAGUGCCACUUUAGCUGUCUUUUGUAUGUUUUUUUUUUCUUCUGUUGGAUUUGAACUAUAGAAAAUGCAGGCAGAAUGCGCUGCUUAGUUCAAUCUUGUAGGGGCCUUAUUGGACUUGCCACUUAGGCAUGCUCCAUAGGCUAGAGGUCAAGGCUGUGCCACUAUUUUUAAACUGGCAGCCAGAUUGCUGGAAUGAAACCUUACACUUUUUUAGGCUACUGUUAGAGGCGGUGUGAGUCUGUUUGUGUCCUUUGCGCUAUUAAUGUCACUGCAUAAUCAUUUUAGUUCAACAGGCAGAUUGCUGUGGGGCGCUUGUGUGGUACAUUUCAAAAAACAUGCACGAAAACACACAUACAGUACGACAAACAUGGAGGCAUCGUGGGCAUAGUUUGAAGAUCUGCGAAAAUGGCACCACUCAAGUGUCCUGCCCGGCAAAGACAUGACAUAUCACGCUAUUCCUGUCAUGAUCCCAAGCUAAAGUUUAAAAUGUGUGUCAGAGGGGGCAUUAU